UCAAACCCAAAAGGCAAACAGACUCCGAAAAGAAACUAAACAGAGACUCGAUGCAGCAAAAUUCACGUUUCCUGCUCCUCUCGCUAUCCCUCCUUUUCCUUCCAUUCAUUUUCUCUGACGCCAAAAAGGGCCCUAUUAUCGGAGGAUGGACGCGGAUCAAGGACAUCAAGGACCCUCACGUGACGGAGAUUGCGGAAUUCGCCGUCAACGAGUAUAACAAGCUGUCAAGCUCGAGUUUAGUUUUGCAGAAGGUGGUGAAAGGCGAAACCCAGGUGGUGGCUGGGAUUAACUAUCGGCUGGUUUUGAAGGCAAAGAAUGGAAGCGUGGCUAAGAAAUACCAGGCUGUGGUGUGGGAGAAGUCAUGGCUGAAUUUCAGAAAUCUUACCUCCUUUACCCUCGUUAAGGGUUAGAUUUUAUUAUCAUGCUAUAGAUGUUCAUGUAUGUCAUCUCGUCCUUUUAUGUUCCGAUGUUACGGAGA